GGGAUUUAUGCCAAUUCCCUUGUGAUGGAAGGCAUGGGUUUUAACUGGACAGCCUGCAUCAGCUGUGGCGGCGGUGGACAGGUCAUUUAAUAUGACUUGCAAAGUGGACCAAGUUAACACACUACAUCAUGAAUGUCACCAAUCCCACCACCCCAACCGCCCCACAGAACGUACUCCCUCCAUUCAAUGCAUACAUCAUGAUUGGGCCAGUGGUGCUGGGUGCCCUCAUUAAUGCCUGCCUCUUCAGCGGUCUCGUCGUUCAGAUUUAUAUCUAUUAUGCAAAUUUCCCCGACGAUCAUCGAGUGAUGAAACUCACGGUAGCAGCCACGCUCGCAUCGCAGAUUGCACACGUGAUUUGUGUAUCAGCGACACUGUGGAAAGCUGCUGUCAGUGGCUACGGCAACCCUCUGACGCUGUCGGUCUUCCCACAGGGAGCAGACGCAGUUAUCCUCUUCACUGCAAUUACAGGGGCACUGGUAGAGUCAUCCUUCGUGUUUCGGUUGUGGAAGCUUUCGAAAACACUUACUCUGCCCCUUGUCUCGCUGGCACUCUGUUUAUUGGCUCAGUCUAUUGCGCUCGUGAUGACAGUGAAAGCUUUCGCCAUGACAAACCUUGUGACAUUCGAAAUUGAUGAAAACAGACUGAUCACGCUUUCGCUCACCUCGCGUCUGGUUUGUGAGUUGACACUUACUCUGUCCAUGGUGUGGUACCUGAGGAAGCAACGGUCAUCGACAUUUUUAAGGAUGACGACGAUAAUUGACCGUUUGGUUCUGUGGACUCUCGAAACUGGCCUUAUUACUAGCCUGGUUGUAGUCUUUAUCAUGAGCUUCUUCCUGGCAAUGAAGCAGAAUUACAUAUGGGUUUCGAUAUAUGCAAACCUUGCUACUGUGAAUGCGAACUCGUUACUUGCAUCGUGAGCUUUCUUGACUGAUUUGGUGACGCACUCACGUGGUUGUAGG